AUGGAACAUCCACAAGCAAAUGGACAAACCGAGGCAGCCAAUAAAGUCAUACUGGCAGGACUAAAGAAAAGACUACAAGAUGCAAAAGGAGCCUGGGCUGAGGAGCUCCCACAAGUGUUAUGGGCUUACCGGACAACGCCACAAUCUGCCACUAGAGAAACGCCCUUCCGACUCAUCUACGGCGUAGAAGCCAUGAUACCAGUAGAAAUCAGCAAACAAAGUCCAAGGGUGAUUCUCCAUGAUGAGAUCGGAAACAUACAGGGGCACAAAGAGGAGCUUGAACUGCUCCCCAAAGUCCGAGAGCAAGCCCAAAUAAGAGAAGCAGCGUUGAAACAAAGGAUGACUACCAGGGUUUUCUGA